UCGCUCCACCAACUAGGAAGCGCACAGCCUCCACUCUGAUCCGUGCGCACCGAGCGAGCGACCGACCCGCGAGCAGCUCUCCGUCUGAGCCCCGCUCUUUCUCUCCCUCCUUCCCUUCCUCAUUCCUUUCUUUCUUCCUCUCUGUCUUUCUUUUCUCCGUGCUCGUUAUUCGGUACCGGGAUCCUCCUCGUUACAGAUGUAGACGGUCAGCCGGAGCUCUCAGUUUUGGAGGGGGGGAGACUCUGUUGUCGCGCCUUUUGCGCCAUGGAGGACCGCUGCUCCCCGGAAAACGAGAGGAUGGAAGCGUGGCUGGACGACCACUUGGAGUUCACGCACUCCUACUUUAUCAGGAAGGCUUCAAGGGAGAUGGUGAAUGCCUGGUUCGCUGAGCGCGUCCACACCAUCCAGCCAUCCAAAGAAAACCCUCCACAACAGCGCGGCCACCAGUCCUCUGCAGAUCUCGCCCCUCCCUCCGCCUCCACCAUCCUCCCACCCACCCUCAGCCUCCUGGACAACCGUUGCCCCUCCCCGGCCUCAGUCCCCAGCCCAGCCCCCGGCACCCCGACCCGCAAGAUCUCUGCGUCGGAGUUCGACCGCCCGCUCAGGCCCAUCGUGGUCAAAGACUCCGAGGGCUCCCUGACGUUCCUGAGCGACGCCGACCGUGAAACUGUCCCUCUCCGGGGCUCAGUGAUGGGUGAGGGCGGCAACGGAGGCGGCAGUGUCAGCGGGGGUGACCGCUGCGCCAGACUGCUGGAGCUGGUGAAGGACGUGUCGAGUCAUCUGGACGUGACAGCACUCUGCCACAAGAUCUUCCUUCACAUCAACGAGCUGAUCGCCGCAGACCGCUACUCACUGUUUCUGGUGGGCGAGGACAGCUCCAACAGGAAGUUCCUGGUCAGCCGGCUGUUUGAUGUGGCCGAAGGCUCCACGCUGGAGGAAUCGUCCAGCAGCAGCAUCCGACUGGAGUGGAACAAAGGCAUCGUGGGACACGUAGCCGCCACGGGACAACCGCUCAAUAUCAAGAACGCUUACGAGGACCCCAGGUUCAACGCAGAGGUGGACUUGAUCACAGGCUACAAAACCCAGAGCAUCCUUUGUCUGCCCAUCAAGAACCACAGAGAAGAGGUAGUCGGAGUGGCUCAGGCCAUCAACAAGAAAUGUGGGGAAGACGGUGCCUUCACUGAACAGGAUGAAAAGGACUUCUCAUCUUAUUUGGCCUUUUCGGGCAUCGUGCUGCACAACGCGCAGCUCUACGAGACGUCACAGCUGGAAAACAGACGCAAUCAGGUGUUGUUGGAUUUGGCCAGCUUGAUCUUCGAGGAGCAGCAGUGUCUGGAGGUGUUGUUGAGGAAGAUCGCAGGAACCAUCCUGUCCUUCAUGCAGGCUCAGGCUUGCACCGUGUUCAUCGCGGACGAAGACUCAAUGAACUCCUUCUCCAGUGUCUUUCACAUGGAAUACGAGGAGCUGGGUGAAGUCCUAGACGCCCCCAAAAGGGACUGUGACGUCAGCCAGAUCAACUACAUGUAUGCCCAGUAUGUUAAAAACACAAUGCAGCCUCUCAACAUCGCCGACGUCACCAAGGACCAGCGUUUCCCCUGGACGAGUGAAAACCCAGAUCACACCAGCAACCAGAUAAAGAGUUUGCUCUGCUCUCCCAUCAGGAAUGGCAAGAAGGAUAAAGUCAUAGGCGUUUGUCAGUUGGUGAACAAAAUGGAUGAACCAUCAGGCAGCGUGAAGGCCUUCAACAGAAAUGAUGAGCAGUUCCUGGAGGCAUUUGCAAUCUUCUGCGGCCUCGGCAUCCAGAACACACAGAUGUACGAAACAGUGGAGAGAGCCAUGGCCAAACAGGAAGUCACUCUGGAGGUGUUGUCGUAUCACGCCUCGGCCGCAGAGGAAGAAUCGCGGGAACUCCAGGUAACCGCGGUGGCCACGGUUCCGUCGGCUCAGUCGCUGCGUCUGUUGGACUUCAGCUUCAGCGACUUUGACUUGUCGGACACCGAGACCACGCUGGCUGCCAUCCGAAUGUUUGUCGACCUCAACCUGGUCCAGAACUUCCAGAUGAAGUACACGAGUUUGUGUCAGUGGAUUAUGAGCGUUAAGAAGAACUACAGGAAGAACGUGGCUUACCACAACUGGAGACAUGCCUUCAACACAGCCCAGUGCAUGUUCGCACUCCUCAAGUCAGGACGCCUCCAGAACAACAUGAGCGACGUGGAGGUCUUGGCUCUGAUGAUUGCGACUCUCAGCCACGACCUGGACCACAGAGGAGUCAACAACUCCUACAUACAGAGGAGUGACCACCCACUGGCCCAGCUCUACUGCCACUCCACCAUGGAGCAUCACCACUUCGACCAGUGCCUCAUGAUCCUCAACAGUCCUGGAAACCAGAUCCUCAGCGGCCUCUCCCUGGACGAGUACAAGGCCACUCUGAAGAUGAUCGAGAGGGCUAUUCUGGCCACCGACCUCGCCCUGUACAUGAAGAGGCGAGGGGAGUUCUUUGAGCUCACCAAGAACAGCCAGUUUGUUUGGGAGGACGAACAUCACAGAGACUUGCUGAGGUCAAUGCUGAUGACUGCAUGUGACAUCUCGGCCAUCACGAAGCCCUGGCCAGUGCAGAAAAGGAUUGCUGAGCUGGUUGCCACUGAGUUCUUUGAACAGGGCGAUAAGGAGAGGAGAGAGCUCAACAUUGAGCCUAUUGAUCUAAUGAAUCGUGAGAAGAGAGAUAAGAUCCCCAGCAUGCAGGUGUCCUUCAUUGACGCCAUCUGCAUUCAGUUAUAUGAGACCUUGGCAGGCAUGUCAGAGUAUUGCUCACCAUUGCUGGAAGGAUGUCAGAAGAACCGGCAGCAUUGGAAGCGCUUGGCCGAGGAGUGCGAGAAGGGGCUGGUCAACGGCUUGGUGUGAUCCAGUUUGGGUCUCAACACCAACUCCCGAGGUUCUCCCUGUCCAACCGGGUCUCACGAACUUUCAUGAACUUAGCAUGAUACCUAGAGUGGAUAAGUAACAUGCUGUGUGCACUGCAAGUGAGAGAAUAUUUUCAUUUCCUACACAAGGUUUGGUGUGACAGUGAAAUAUCUGGCCUGCAGAUAUCCAUCACAUGACACCGCUGUUUCUGGAGUCACGCUCCUUUCAUCGAAGUUUGCGAGACCUGUCGUCACUAUUCUGUCCGUCACCUCACCAGAGAUAAUAACAGAGUCAGCACUAAGCUAUAUUUAUUAGCAUAGCCAUUUUUAUUUUUGCACAGAGUGGCUUUCACAGAUCCUUAGAGGUCAGCACCAUUCCAGUGGGAUCAAGAUACUGUACUUGCGAUAUACUUUACAUAGUGUCACAACGAUCUGAUAAGCUUGGUUAAAUGUCUUUGUUCACAGCACACGCACACAUUACAUGGGUUUGAGUCUUUCGAACAUUUUUUUCACUCAUUGUCUUGACUAUUGCAUAUUUAUUUUUGUUUAAUAUAUUUAUUAGAGUAUCUAUAUUGUAAGGUCAUCCUUUUGUCAAGAGCACACAAUUCUUUAUAUAGGAAAAUGUAGUUUUCAUACUCGGAAAAAAAAAUCCCAUCUCUGCUUUAUUUGGGAAAACUCUUUCAGAUGACAUUUGGAAAUGUACUGUAUUGUGUUGUCUGACGAUUAGAUAUUUCUUUUUCUCAAAAUGUAAAAGAGCCAAAGACUAGACCUGAAGUUUCAAAGGGAAAUAGGUCUAGAUGUUUCCACUGCCUUGUUGUUAUAAAAUAGGACCAAUUCACUAAUUAAAGAAAGAACCUAUUUUUAUUCAUCGGCAUCUCUCUGCAUCCAUUAAUGCCUUUUUUCCACCCCAGUUUUUACAAAGUGAAUGAUGGAGGACUGUUUCUGUUCAAUCGUGGGCAGCCUGACCCGACAGUGUUCAUAUACGCGACUUAAAUUGAUCCGUCAUCAAGCGUAUCGGACUUCGCAAAAAAAGAUCGUCUCAAAAGAUUCUUCUACCACAUUCAGAAGGGUUUCUGUUCGCAUUGGAACGCAGAAUGUGUCUGGGCUAAAUGCUGACAAGUUAUUCAAAUCACACUCAAACAGCAAAAAAGGUGGACCUGACACCUAAAGUAGCUCAAGUCCUCAAAUUUAAAAAUGCUAAAGACAUGGAACUACUGUAAAAAAAAAAAAAAAAAAAGACCUGACGCACCUUUAAGGACAGUGCAACAUCAGAAAGGAUAAAGGAAACUGUUUAUAGAGCACAGAGGAGGCAGAAUAGUUAUCCGGAUGCUAACAGUUUGAUGGAACAAAUUGAAACCAGGCUUCUAGAGACCUAAACCUGCAGAUUAAUUCAAAGCAACCCUCUGUUCUGGGUGUGUGAAUCCCGUUUUGUGCUUUGAGCGUGGUUUUGCUGUAACUAACAGUCAGUACAUGUGGCUGUGCUGCUUUAAACCAGACAGGCUAAUGCUAACGUCUAAAGUUCUGGUGAUCCGCUUCAGCCCACAGAGUUGAAUAUCUGAGAGGUCACGACCACCAGCAGACGAUUUAAAAACCCACGAGAGAACUGUUAGUCAGGAAAUACAGGCCUCUACAAGUCAUUCAAAUGAAACCUGUCAGGAGGAGCUUCAUGGAUUUUGAUGCUACUGUAGAUACAAAAACUGCUUUUGAUAUCUUACUUCGAGGGAUGUUUUUUCACCGACUUUACUCAAGAAGCCAAAGGUUGCAAAUGCAGAGCCGUUUCAUUGCUUUUGGUGCAUAAAAGUGUAGAAUGAGCGGGAUUGAAAUUCCACAAAAGGUCAGCUUUUGGGUAUUGGAAACCAUUUACUAGAAAACUGAACCAGCUUCAUUCGCUACAGGAAAAAAAAUGAGGUGCGUUGUCCAUGAAAAGACAAGAUUUCACCUCCUGCUUUAAAAAACACGUCCAGAUUUUUUUUCACGUAGGGACUAAAAGACGUCUGUCGUUUACUUCUGCCACCAUUCAGAUCACUUCACACGGUUUUACAAAGCUGUAGCGCUCGGUACGCACAGUAACAGAUGCCGGCAACGAACGGCCUCGUCUGAAAGCACUUUUGCAGACGCUCACGAAGCUCAUUUGUACCUGUGGUUGUGUUUUGUACUUUGAAUACGUCUCCAGGACCGUAAUACAUGUGCCUGUAGUCUGACCUCUGUGCUUCUUUGACUAAAAACUAGUUCCUCACUGCUUGGGUCUCAGAGAAUCUUUGGUUUCCUGCAUGUACAUAGGAGGGCAUUUACACCAGAGGGAGUCAGAUGUUCUGUUUUUUUUUUAGAUAAGGUGGUGACAUAAUAUGCUGAUAAUACGGUACGAUAAUGAAGGAGGUGUUCCACAUCUGCAACUGUCGACACCACUGAACACUGUGAGCAGAGUGAAUGCUGUGUCCCAUUAAAGAAUAAUGCUUA